AUGAAGCUCACGGAGCCCUGGUCGAAGAAGCACAAGGCGGUGACGAAGCACGGCGGCCUGCCGCACAACCUGUCGAACUCGUUCGCGCAGCCGCUGACCAUGGGCGAGCUGCUGCGGCUCACGCGGGCGCGCGGCGACGAGGCGCUGCUCGCGCUCUACGAGGACCACGACCUCGGCUACACGCCCAACGGCGGAUCUCGCGACCUCCGGGAAGCCGUCGCCGAGCUCUACGGGCCGUCGGUCGGCGCGGACGACGUCGUCGUCUUCACGGGCGCGCAGGUCGCGCUCCAGACCGCCGCGCUGGCGCUCGUCGACGAGACCGCGCACGCGAUCGCCUUCGCGCCGGGCUACCAGAGCGUCCUCGAGGCGCCCGUUCACGCGGGCGCCGCCGUGACGUCGAUCCCGCUCUCGCCCGCGAACGGCUGGGCCGUCGACGUCGCCGCGGUCCUGAACCAGCCCUACAACCCGGCGGGCACGCUGCUCCCGAAGGACGUCUUCGCCGCGCUCGUCGAGCUCGCGCGCGAGCACGGCAUCUGGGUCCUCUGCGACGAGGCGAUGGCCGACGCCUACGAGCGGGGGCUGAGCUGCGUGACCAUGUCCAAGCCCUGGGGCGCCGGCGGCGCGACCAUCGGCUGGCUCGC